AUGGGUUGGUUUCACCAUAGUCAUCAUGGCAGCCAAGAGCAACAAGGCGCUAACCCACCCCCUCCUGGCCAAUUUACUUAUCAAACGCCGGAGCAGGCCCAGGCUCAAGCACAUGGAAUCCAAGUCCCUUCCCAAUUUUCGGAGCAACAGCAGUUCAAUCCAAAUCUCCGUUACCAAAACGCAUAUGGCCAAACCCCAGGCGUAGCGUCUGGACAAGCAUCAAACUACGAAGGAUCAUCGGACCCACCACCUACUUUGCCCUCUCCUUUUAGACAAAGUAGUUAUAAUUCGACCAACUCCUCGAGCCCUUUGCCGUCUAUUCCUAAUUCUCCACAGCAAAGGAAGUUCAAGACUGUUCUCUAUUUCUGUAACUGGGCUAUCUAUGGAAGGAAGCAUUUUCCCAGCGACAUUCCAGUGGACAGGCUAACACAUAUACUGUAUGCAUUUUCAAACGUUAAUGCUACAACUGGUGAGGUUAUCCUUAGUGAUAAAUGGGCUGAUACUGAUUGUUCCGCGACUAGGUUCAGGGAGACUAAUGGUGGUGGUUGUUUUGGUGAGUUUUAUAGGAUCAAAAUGAAAAAUCGUAACUUACGAAUUCUCUUGUCAAUUGGUGGUUGGACUUACUCCAAUGAUUUGGGUUUAGGGGUUAACACCCACGAAAAACGUCAAAACUUUGUCAAGACGGCUGUCACUCUACUUCGUGACUUGGCAUUGGAUGGGUUAGAUAUUGAUUGGGAGUAUCCUACCAACGAUGAACAAGCACAAAACUAUGUUGAAUUAUUAAGGCUGCUGAGAUUAGAGUUAGACUCCGAAGCAAUUCGUAGCGGUUUGCCUCGAGGCCAGUUUGACUUAUCCAUUGCUGCUCCCGCUGGUCCAGAACAAACGAAGAUACUGAGAAUAAGUGAGAUGGACCAGUAUCUUUCUUUUUGGAAUCUCAUGACUUAUGACUUUAGUGGCUCCUGGUCACAGACCGCCUACUUCCACAGUAACCUGUACUCAAGCGAAAUAUCUGGUAAUAGGGCCGUGGAAACGUAUAUCAAUCAGGGAGUUGCUCCGAAUAAAAUUAUCCUUGGUAUGCCUGUAUAUGGCAGAGGUUUUGCUAAUACUAAUGGAGUAGGUGCUCCUUUCUCUGGAGUACCACAGGGGACUUGGGAAAACGGUGUACUUGACUACAAGGUUCUGCCUCUUCCAAAUACUACUGAGCAUGUUGACAAAGAUGCAAUUAGUGCAUACUGUUAUGAUCCUAAAUCCAAGACCUUGAUUGUAUAUGACAACCCUGAAACUUCUCGCCUCAAGGCACAAUAUGUUAUUUCCAAGGGCCUAGGGGGUGGCAUGUGGUGGGAAUCUAGUGCCGAUUUCCCAAUUGACCAACCUCGAUCUUUAAUAGCCAACUUUACUAACACUUUAGGUGUACAAAACAUCGAAAAAACAUAUACAAACAAUCUCAACCUGCCAGAAGAAUACCGUCGCAACCUAGGAAUAAGCUCUAUUGAAUCACCAGCAGGGAAGUAG